UGUAAGCCUUAGUCGUUAUCUAGGGAGCGACGGAAUGUCAACAAGCCGGGUCCUCAUAUCACGUUGCCAUCGGGAUACGAGACAACAAGCGACACAUAUACCGACCCGGACGGCAGACGAGGACGAAUUGGAGGGAGACGAGGGAACGCCAUUACUUGUGGGAGAACGAGACGUGGGAGUGACGGAGGAGUGCGAAGGUUCACCAUUACUCCGUAAGGAGAAGAACCAGAACAAAUAUAAACAAAGUGAAGGUGACACCAUGAUACUGGGUGACAAAUUACACGUGGUAACUGUUAUAACAGCCAUUUAUGUUCCAGUAUCCUUUAUAAUUACAUAUGCAAUUGCUGUGUCUAAUGGUCACGUGGAGGCUGGUUUCCCCUACAUAAGUGACACGGGUACACUGCCACCAGAGAGCUGUAUUUUCGGUCAACUUCUCAACUUUGGAGCCCUCAUAGCUGCAUGGAAUGUAUACAUUAGGUAUAAGCAGAUCAAGGCUACCUAUUUACCCGUCAACAGACGAGGGAUACUGCGAGCUAACACCGUCGCCUUUAUCCUCGGUCUUUUAACAGCUACCGGAGUUAGCAUUGUGGGUAAUUUCCAGGAAACAAACGUAAUAGUUGUACACAUCAUUGGGGCAUUCAUGGCCUUUGGUAUUGGCGCACUCUACUGUUUCGUCCAGACUGGCAUGUCAUUAAAAAUGCCAGAAGUUCCAGGUUCGACACCAUUUAUCAACAAAAUUCGGAUUCUUCUAUGCGUGCUGGAUACAGUAUUUUUUAUCCUCACCUUUUCAGGGACGGCAUCAUCUGGUAUCGGUAAUCAUAUAUAUCACAUGAGGUGGGCAUCGUCUGAACCGGGAUACGCAGAACACCUGGUCGCAACGAUCUCGGAAUGGCUAAUGGCUAUUUUCAUAGUGAUGUUUUUUGUGACAUUCUACAAAGAGUUCAGAAAGUUCAGAUUGACAUCUCCACAAGUCGUAUUUGACAUCAAACCUGAAAUUGGCUGCGAUCAACUAAAUCAUACAGAAAUAUUGGGAACAGAAUAUGUGGGCCAAAAUAACACCGGCACAUCCGGAUCCUUUCCAUAAGAAAAUAUGGAGCUAUGAAGUAUCAUUUUUCGUUUUGACACUGUAUCCAGAAAUACCUGUUUUGUUAAAAGUGAAUGCGUUUAAGCAUUCAUUAGCACAGUAAUGAAUUUGUGACUUCCAUACCCCAUUUAAAUAAUUUUUUUAAAUGGUGAGUUUUUGGAUAAAUUCAUGAGAAAUGAAAGGAUAACAGCGUCUUCAUACUACCCAUAGUUUUUGUAUGUUUAUAUUGUAAGUUUGCUAAACAUCCAUGCGGCAAUGAAUUAAGUAUCCCUUACACAGUGGUAAAUCAUGUUAAGUGCCAUAAGACACACCGUUUUCUUGAAAAUAAAUCAUUCGACACAUGAUGAUUUACUAGAGAAUCACUCAGACAUAUCAAUCUUUAUCAGAGGUAUAUUCUUUGAUUAAAUGGAAGCGUAGAUGGUUUAAACUACAAGUAGAUAUGUUGUAUUCCACACCUCCACAAACUGUCCAUUGCUAUACUUUUUACCUGUAGUUUGACCCACAUGUAUGUUUUCCUCAAUUACGACACAUAUUCUAGUUUAGUCCGCAGUCUGAUAAACUUAAUGCAUAUAAAUUUUAUUGAUAAAACUUAUACAUGUAUGCUAUAUAUAGACUACAGGUAAAAACAAAGGGAACCAUAGCAUUUGGUCCUCACCUGUGGAGAUGUAGUGUACUACAAGGCUACCCCGGUCCUAUCCUUCUGAGUCCUAGUUUAGGUACCGCUGGUGAAUUAUGAUUAAACUUCAACCUACAAUCACAUUAACUAAAAAAGAAAUAAAAAUAUGACAAGUGUGGUGA